GGCUCGCCCGCUCUCCUUUCCACCACAUCACUGCCGCCAUCGCUGACCGUCCGUCCUCCUCACGCAUCAAACAGAUGGCUUCCACAUCCCGCCAACUCGCCCGCACGGCGCUGCGGGCCACAGCUCGAAGCACCUUCGCAACAGCAGGCCCGCGCACAUUCCGCCAGGGCGGUCGCCGCUUCUACUCCUCCGAAGCCCCCAAAUCCUCGUCCAACCCCCUCCUCUGGGCUGCCGGUGCCGCCGCAGCUGGUGGCGCCGGUUACUACUUCUGGACCCAGAACGGCGCCUCUGCCACGCCCAAGGUCUUCAACCCCACCAAGGACGACUACCAGAAGGUGUACAACGAGAUAGCCUCCAGGCUGGAGGAGAACGACCAGUACGACGACGGGUCUUACGGCCCAGUCCUCGUGCGUUUGGCCUGGCAUGCCAGCGGAACCUAUGACAAGGAGACCGGCACCGGCGGCAGCAACGGUGCUACCAUGAGGUUCGCUCCCGAGAGCGACCAUGGCGCGAAUGCUGGUCUGAAGCACGCCAGAGACUUCCUGCAGCCUGUGAAGGCCAAAUUCCCAUGGAUUACCUACUCUGAUCUCUGGAUCCUCGGUGGUGUCUGCGCCAUCCAGGAGAUGCUGGGCCCCAAGAUCCCCUACCGCCCCGGCCGUUCCGACAAGGACAUGGCCGCCUGCACUCCUGACGGCCGCCUGCCCGACGCAACCAAGACACAGGACCAUCUCCGCUCCAUCUUCUACCGCAUGGGUUUCAACGACCAGGAGAUCGUCGCCCUCUCCGGAGCACAUGCCCUCGGCCGCUGCCACACCGACCGCAGUGGUUUCGACGGGCCUUGGACCUUCUCCCCUACCGUCCUCACAAACGACUACUACAACUACCUGGUCAACACCAAGUGGGAGUACAAGAAGUGGGACGGCCCCAAGCAGUUUGUCGACAAGGAAACCAAGUCCAUCAUGAUGCUGCCCGCCGACAUGGCUCUCGUGCAGGACAAGAAGUUCAUGCAGUACGUGCAGAAGUACGCCAAGGACAACGACGCCUUCUUCAACGACUUCAGGGACGUCGUCGUCAAGCUGUUCGAGCUCGGCGUCCCGUUCGCCGAAGGUACCGAGAACCAGCGCUGGGAGUUCAAGACAUCGCAGGAGUAAGACAAAAGAACGGGUUUAGACCGGUAGAGCCAAUGCCCUUGGCAGGUUGCGUGCAAAAUGAUACAGUCACCUAGAUCUUAGAUUAGAGCGAAUGUCUUCUAGAUUGGAGCAGGGGCCACGCCGCAGGGAUGAUGGUUUUGGACACUGGACACUCUGUCGCUGUCCCUCGAUCUAGUGGCUCCGAGGUCCUUAGGGUACCUCAAUGUAUGAUAGGAAAAUGCAACGUUGAUUUCGCAGCAGCAUCAGGUAACGCCGCGUGUGUCGCUGAUCUUGGGAAAGUGAUCGUCGUGAGAUUUGGUCCCCAAGGUCGGUCAGUGCCCAAAGUCGGGACGAGCUGUCGUUUAAACAAGAAUGGAGGCUCAUCGGGGACCAGGCACGCUCCUCCAUCCUAUUGAAACGCGCCCUGUUGCAACGCAGUAGCGUAUACGGGGUACCGGGCCAGAGGUUGGCAUCCUC